AUGCCCGAUGACUCCCGUUCCCAGAAAAUGGGCCUAUUAGGCGCCAUUUCGUAUAUCGUGGGUAAUAUCGUCGGGUCCGGAAUCUUCAUCACACCCACCUCCAUUAUUAAAAAUGUCAAAUCGGUCGGUCUCUCACUCAUCAUCUGGAUUUUAGCGGCUCUUAUUUCAAUGCUUGGAUCAUUUUGCUAUGUCGAACUUGGUACUUCAAUUCGUCUUUCCGGUGGAGAUUUUGCAUACCUUUGCUUCAUGAAAUGGUAUCCAGUCGCCUUUGCCUUCAUGUGCAUUGGUUGUACUAUCAACUAUCCGGCGACACUGGCUGUCCAAGCGCAAACAUUCGCUGAAUAUGUGUUUCGGGGAGCCGGGGUGGAAUUGGAUUCAACUUCCGAGUUCUGGGCCAAGAAACUUUUGGGAUUCUCAUUGAUCAUGCUUCUGAUGUUUAUGAACUUUUUCUCACUCAAAACUUUCGUCCAACGCUUUUCGAUUCUGGCUUCAAUUGCGAAGAUUGCUGCAACACUUCUUAUUAUUAUCACUGGAUUCUACUUUCUCAUUUUCAAAGGUUGGAAUCAAAAUCUGCAAGCCCCGUUUACGGGAUCUCAUUGGAAUCCUGGACCAUUUGUUAAUGCUCUAUUUGCUGGUCUUUUCUCAUAUGAUGGAUGGGACAUUUUAAACUUUGGAGCUGAAGAAAUCGAGAACCCAAAACGCACAAUGCCGCUGUCCAUUGUGAUUGGAAUGACAUGUAUCGGAGUGAUUUACGUGGCAGUCAACAUCUCCUACAGUGUCGUUCUAUCUCUUCCAGAGAUGGGUGCAUCUGAUGCUGUAGCCAUUGAUUUUGCAAAGAAAACAUUAGGAACUGCUGCUUUUGUGAUGCCUGUGAUGGUUGCAAUCCUUCUUGUCGGAUCAUUGAACAGCACAAUGUUCUCGGCUAGCAGAUACCUUCAAGCUGUCUCCAGACAAGGACACAUUCCUAGCGCCAUAUCAGGAAUCGCUCCAAAAUGUGAUUCUCCGAGAGUAGCUUUACUCGUUCAUAUCCUCAUCUCCAUGGCGGUGUCCUUCAUGGGAGACCCGGACAAGUUGAUCAACUACGUGGCUUUUGCACAAUGGUCCCAAAGAGCGUUCACCAUGUCAGCUCUUCUCUACCUCAGAUUCAGAGGCCGUCCACGUCAUCCGGAUCGUAUUCAACUUCCAAUCAUUAUGCCAAUUCUUUUCUUUUUCGUAUGCACAUCAAUGGUAGUUAUCAGUAUUAUCGAUGAAUUCAAAUCAUCAGCUGUUGGACUGGGAAUUCUUCUGGGAGGACUUAUCAUCUUUAUAAUUUUUGUGUGGGAUCGUGCUCUUCCAUCUGUGGAAGCUUUCAAAAACGCUUCUCAUAGUAUCAAUGAAGAGACUACUAAGUUCAUGCAAAUUAUUUUCAAUGUAGUACCAGAACGAGUAGGAGAUGAAGAAAUGAAGAAUGCGAUUGGUGGAGCAGAAUCGGAGAAUGAAAAAGUGCCAACCGACAAGAUCUCACCUUUAGAAAACGGGCUUGAUAAGUGCACUCGCAUGUAA